AUGGUUAGCUUGGGUCAUGUUCAUCGGAGGCAGUCUGGUGCAAGCAACCGGUCUUCCGUCGACGAAUCGAAGGUUUCUGAUGCCGAGGAUGAGACUACGGUCGUUGAGCCAGAUCAGGGAAAUGUUCUCUCACACAUCAUCUCACAGCUUCGUCCGGGGGCCGAUCUGAGCCGCGUCGUCUUGCCUACCUUUAUUCUCGAGCCCAGAAGUAUGCUGGAAAGAAUCACAAACUUCAUGGCACAUCCGGAAACUCUGCUUCCCAUGGCGGAGGUAGAGGACCCCUUGCAAAGAUUUACUUCGGUUGUUAAGUUUUACUUGAGUGGAUGGCACAUCAAACCUCCAGGGGUUAAGAAACCACUCAAUCCUAUCCUCGGCGAAAUCUAUACUUGUUAUUGGCAGUUUCCAGAUGAUACAAAGGGAUACUAUAUUUCCGAGCAAACCUCUCAUCAUCCACCGAAAUCAAGCUACUUUUACAUGGCGCCAGAACACAACAUACGAAUCGACGGAUGUUUGAAACCUCGAAGCAAAUUUUUGGGCAAUUCUGCGGCUAGUAUGAUGGAGGGUAUUGCUAUUUUGAGAUUUUUGAACAGAGGGACUGGACCUAAAGGAGAAAGAUACAUUCUGACUCAACCCAACAUGUACGCUCGAGGUAUUCUUUUCGGUAAGAUGAAGUAUGAGCUCGGUGAUCAUAGUUUUGUGCGCUGCCCGGAGCUCGGAUUGAGCGCGGAUAUCGAGUUCAAGACGAAGGGCUACUUUGGAGGAACUUACAAUGCUAUUGGGGGUAGUAUUAAAAAUGACAAGACAGGGGAAAUUCUCUAUGAGCUUUCGGGUAUGUGGAACGGAGAAAUGUUUAUCAAAACACUAAGGUAUGAUUCCCUGAUUCCUGAACGACUCACGGGUAAGAAAGAUCUUUUGUUUGAUGCUACUAGAGCGAGACCAUCACCUCCAUUAGUGAGACCUUUAGAAGAACAAGAUGAUAGAGAAUCGCAAAAGUUAUGGUUUAAGACGGCAAAAGCGGUCAAAGAACGCAACCACGAAGUUGCGACAGAUGAGAAGACAUUUAUCGAAGAUAUGCAGAGAGAUGAGGCUGCAAAGAGAGCAGAAGAUGGUGUUGAAUGGACUCCAAGGUUGUUUAGACCAGUACGAGGUGGCCCCGGCGGGUCCGAAGAGGGUGAAGAAGAUCUAGAUUGGAUCUUGAAUGCAAGCAUUGAUGGCGCUAGUCCACAAGAACAGACGGAACAAAUCCUCGCGGUUUAUCCAAUCCUUCCAGGUCAGAAAUUCACGGAAAAGAACCGUAUUCCUCCACAGCAUCACCAACAUACAGAACAGGCCAAUCCAUUACCACCCACGAUUCCAGUGGCAGCAGCUCCAGUUUCGAUUCCCUCUCAGGAGAAGGACAAGGAGAAUCUCAUUGAUUUGGGAAGAGAAUCACCAGCGCCAGUCCAAUCCCAGCAUGUACCAGCUGAUCUCCUGGCAGCUCAGACGCAAAAUAAUGGGCAGCAACAAAAGGAUCUUGAGCGAAUCCUCCAGUCCACUAGUACGGUCCAAGGUCAGAACCAGGGUUCAUUAAUCGACUUUCAUGAUGAUCUAAGGAAAGACUUACCAGCAGCUACUGACACCCAGGGAACGGCCACCUCUACUCUGUAUCGACAGGAUACAGAUACUCACAGUGUAGACGAGUUUGUAGAUGCUGAGGGAUGA